UUGUCUUCACUUCGAAUUUAUUGUAUUAACAAUUUAAAGCCCAUGGUGGUAAGCUACGUUAAUGGCUUCCAACCACCAACCAACUUUAUAUUGAAAAAAAAAAAUACUACAAAUAAUAUACUCUUUUUGUAUUCAUAUAUGCUAAUAUGCUAUAUAACAAUGUCUCAUUCUCCGUGAGUUUUUCACCUUCAAGGUCCUUUCCUUUCAAGAAAGUGCAACCAAAUCUUUUCCCUGUUCACACUUUUUCACUUUUUUUGUUCUUCAAGUCAUUGCAUUAUACAAUAAUUUCAUUUUUGUUUUUCAUUACUUUUUUUGAGGGUGGCGUUUACUCACUCAAAGCUUUUUUUUUUUUUUGGUCUGAUGGGGUUCUUGGUUGGUGAGCUACAAUACAGCUGCCUUGCAUUGACUUGUUGCUUUAGAUCAUGGAGAGCUCGUUGCUUUGUCCUUUGAUACUCUCAGUUUGCCUUUUGGCUUUCUCUUUAAUAUGAGAACCUCUAAAUUCUAGCACUUUGUUAUUGAAUUUUUGGGUUUGAAACAAAAAAUAAGCAAAAGGUCAGUACUUUCUUGAAAUUGUUUCUUUUCUGUCAAAAAGUGUUCGGAAAUUUUGUUUUGGUCAUUCACAAUUCAAUAUGUUGUUGAAUUUUCUUUGUAGCUGAUGUGAGAGUUUACCAUCCUUUUCAAGAUUUCUUGAUGGUUAAAUCAAAUGAUUUCAUUGACUUAUAUUCUAGUCUGCCUUCCCCCUCUCUCUCAUGUUAUGUGUGAUAAAGUUUUUGAGUAUUUGGGAAAUUUUUGCACUGGAAUUUGGUUCCUCUCUGAGGAAUAUACAGAAUUCUUAAGGCUGCAUCGUUCCAGAAAAAUUGUGAGGUUGUCUGUUUCUUUCGGGGUUAUGAAGUGUUUUUGUUUCUGUGGUAAAGAGAAGAAUGAUGAACCAAAAACUACAAAGUCUAUUUCAGUUCGGUCCGCCACAUCUGUUUCCAUGUCAGUAGAUCAUGAUAUGAGGAGAUCUGGGUCUGAGUUUAAUUCUCAGAAUGUUUCAGAUUUUAGCACAGAAUCCUCCACCAAGAACUCGUUUGCUGCUUUGUCUCAAAGACAAAGUAAUCUCAGAGAGUUCACAUUCUUGGAGUUGAAGACAGCAACAAAGAAUUUCAGCCGCUCCCUGAUGAUUGGAGAAGGUGGAUUUGGUGGUGUGUAUAGGGGUGUAAUCCGAAGCACAGAUGAUUCCCACAAGAAAAUUGAUAUUGCUGUUAAACAGCUCAGCAGAAGAGGGUUGCAGGGGCACAAAGAAUGGGUGACAGAAGUAAAUGUUCUAGGGGUAGUUGAACACCAAAAUCUUGUCAAAUUAGUGGGUUACUGUGCUGAGGAUGAUGAAAGAGGAAUACAGAGGCUACUGACAUAUGAAUACAUGCCCAACAGAAGUGUGCAGGAUCACUUGUCAAGUCGGUUUCAAACGACUCUUCCUUGGGCCACCAGAAUGAAAAUUGCCCAGGAUGCCGCUCGAGGCUUAGCAUACCUGCAUGAAGGAAUGGAUUUUCAGAUUAUCUUCAGAGAUUUCAAGUCCUCAAAUAUACUUUUGGAUGAGCAUUGGAAUGCAAAGCUGUCAGACUUUGGGUUGGCCAGACUAGGGCCUUUAGAUGGAUUAAGCCAUGUCUCAACCGCGGUUGUAGGAACCAUUGGAUAUGCAGCCCCUGAAUACAUUCAAACCGGGCGCCUCACAGCUAAAAGUGAUGUGUGGAGCUAUGGAGUUUUCCUUUAUGAACUCAUAACAGGUAGGCGUCCUUUGGAUCGGAAUCGCCCCAAGGGUGAAGAAAAACUCUUGGAAUGGGUCAGGCCACACAUCUCUGAUAUAAAGAAGUUCAGGUUGAUUUUGGACCCUAGGCUCGAAGGGAAGUACUCCCUCAAGUCUGCUCAUAAACUUGCAGCUGUAGCCAACAAAUGCUUGGCACGGCAGGCCAAACAACGCCCCAAAAUGAGUGAAGUCCUAGAAAUGGUGAACCGAAUUGUGGAAGCAACUGAUAUGGUAAGUCCCCAACUCCCUAUGAAGAGUUCAACUCCAAAAGAUGUUUCUGAAUUAUCAAAAAGAGAGCGCUUGAAAAGAAGGUUUGUUGAUCUGAUAACUGGGGACAAAGGGUGUUUGGUUUGGCGAACAUGGAGACCAAAGAUCGUUAGGACUUAUUAAGCAACUACAGUUGAACUUGGUUGAAUUCUGUAAAUUACUCUUCCAAAAACAAUUGUAAAGAUUUCUUUGAGAUAGCCAACUGCAUCUGCAUGUAUUAUGUACAGGCUCUGCUUUGUUUAGGAAGUUUUGAAACUACCUAAUUUGAGCUCAUACUUUUCUCAAAGCUUAAAAGCUUGAUAGAGUGGAGGCUUGCCUUCAUGUAUGUUGUGAUGAAAGCUUAAUUGCUUGAAAACAGUAUUUGCUGGACUCUCUGCCUUGAUUUAGAUCGAUAAUUAGUUAAAUAAAAAUGCUAAUUGAAAGACAUUACUAAUGAUUUCUUAAAGUUGUUAAAACACUAAAG